AUGAGGCGCAAACAAGCAUGCAGGGGAAGGGGAAGGCCACGAAAAAAACCCAAUGUGGUCAGUGAGAGACUGGUAAGUGAGAGAGUGGUCAGUGAGAAGGUGGUCAAUGAGAAAGAAGGAGCGUUCUUGAAUUUUGUGAGUCAAAAUAUUGAAGGAAAUGAUAUUGGGUGGAAUCAAUCUGAUGACGAAGACCAUAACGAUGAGGAAUUUAACCCUGAAAUGGAGAUUGAUUCAGGCAAUUCUUCUGCUUCUUCAAUGGGGAGUGACUGGUCGUACAAGGAUCAAAAUGUGAGCUCCGUGGAUAGGACAGUGCAGAGGUUGAUUAGGAAGUAUGGUGAAGUGAAUCUCCAGAUGGGAGACGCAUCCAAGAAGAUUGAUGUUGCACAAACUAAGCCAUUGCAAGUCUUUGGUUCUUGGAGUAGAUUCCAGCAUGAGCAAGAGGCUCCUUCUCAUGAUCCUCGCUGUAACAAGAAAGAAUUGAGUGCUUCUUUGUCGGUUAUUAAGAGGGUUAUGAAAAUGGAUGCAGCUGUACCUUUCAACAUUCCUGUGGAUCCAAUUGCUCUGAGAUUACAUGAUUACUUUGAUGUCAUAGAUACACCAAUGGAUUUUGGAACAAUUUGCAACCAUCUUGAAAAUGGUACUAAGUAUACGAACUCAGAGGAUGUAUUCAAGGACGUCCAAUACAUUUGGAAGAACUGCUGCAACUAUUACAAUGAGGGUAACUUUGUUUUGGACCUUAUGAAAAGGGUGAAGGAGAAGUUCAUGACAUAUUGGACAGCUGCUGGUUUGUGCAGUAAAGAACCAGGGACAAGUAGUGUUUUAACAAGCUCUAACAUGGGGAAAAGGAGAACACGAGGGCCCACCCGUAACCUUAAACUAGCUCAAAUUCCAAUUGGGGAAAGAUUUGAAAUCAGCUGGAGGAACCGGAGAGCUGUAGGUGAAAGCUCCACGUUUUUCAAAGCAGAGUGUACAGCCCUAGUUAGGCAAACCCAGGACCUACCCCUUCAGGUCAAGUCAUGGAAGGAAAUCCCAUUUGAUAUUAAAAAGAAGGCAUUUGAACAUAUGUUGAAGCGUUUCAAAGUCGAAGAUCACAUGACAUGGGUGUUGGAUCAGAUUCAUAGAUCCUACCACAAUUAUCGGCAUCACCUCAAGAAGAUGUGGUAUGAAACGUGUGAGACAACUGAGGAAGCACGGAAAAAAGUACCACCAAAUGUUGCGGACGAUGAUUGGCAGUAUCUUAUAAACCUGUGGAGCUCACCUGAAUGGCAGUCAAUGAGUAUGAAAAACAAGGAGAAUGGUUCCAAAAAUAACAUAAUCCACACAUCUGGCUCCAAGAGUUUCUCGCAAAUCCGCGAAGAAGAGAGAAAGAAAACUGGAAAUGACCCUGGACGUACCCUCCUAUGGGAGCUCACCCAUGUGCGGCCUGAUGGACUAGCUGCAAAUCCAGCUUCACAGGAGGCAUUGUCAAAGCUCAAGAAACUUUAUACUCAGAUAUCUGCGGAGAACUCACAGAUGACUGAAGACGAGAUUUUUGUAAAGGUUUUUGGACCUGAGCGUUCGAGUCGGGUGCGUGGUUACGGGGAUGGUGUAACCCCCAAAGAGUUAUGGGGCCCAUCAUCGUCGUCGUCAUCUACUGUUAAUGAACUCAGAAGGCAACUUGAGGAAUCAAAGCAGCGACAAGAGGAGUCUGAACAAAGAAGUGCUGCUGAGCUACAGGGCUUGAAAGAGCAACUUGGUCGGGUUGAGGGUUUGGUAUCAGCUCAAAUGAAUCGCUUUGAAGGUUUACUAGUACAGUUGAUGAGUCAUAUGCACUCCCCGGCCCAGAUUGAGAGACGUACUGAAAUUUCACCCUCCCGAAAUGAGAAAAUUUGGCAUUGUGUAUACUCUGUCUUUAUCGCUGUGCUGUGUCGAAACUGCAUGAAGAUUUGCCCCUUACUGUCUCCAUAUAUUGUGAAAUCAAAUGGAAGCAAGCCGCCCACGAACGACCCGACCUAG